AUGACUGAUUUCCCUUUGGUCCUUCCUAACAAAGAAUCCCAUUGGAUGACUCUCUCAAGAGAAGGUCCUCUUUUCAUUCUUCAUUUGCAUGAAAAAGAUAAUCGGUUUACUACUGAGUUUUGUCAAGCUAUUCUGAAAGCACUCCAGGUUGUUGAAGAUCAAUUCAUGGCCAGUGAAGGACCUGUUGACAUGGCCCUUGUAACACUGGGCAAUGAUAAGAUUUAUAGUAAUGGGUUAGAUUUAAUGCAUGCAGUGACUUAUUUGCCUUUUAUGGAUGUCUAUCUCAGCAUGUUGAAACGCCUUGUUACAUUCUGUGUACCUACUGUAGCUGCUAUCAAUGGUCAUGCUUUUGCUGGUGGUUGUAUGCUUGCCCUUGCUCAUGAUUACCGUGUCAUGCGUUCUGAUCGUGGAUUUAUGUGCAUGAAUGAAGUCGAUCUUCCUUCUCCUCUUGCACCUGGUAUGGCUGGUCUUUUACGUGGCAAAAUGGGUCCCAAGACAUUCCGUGACAUGGUAUUACAAGGACAUCGAUUUACUGCCAAGGAAGCCUUAGAAAAUGAGUUAGUCGACAUGAUUGUACCUCAAGACCAGGUAUUAGACAAAGCCAAAGCACUUGCUCUCACAUGGGCACCUAAAGCUAGAUCUGGUAUUGUUUAUAAGCAAUUAAAAGAUGAGGUAAAUUUACUAUUGAAAAUGGAUAUAUAUAUAUAUAUAUUCAUACCUAUUUAA